AUGGAACAAAUCGAGCAAAAGCAAGCUGCCCUCCAAGAAGAUGUGGAACAAAUGAAAGGAAACAUUGAUUCAAUGAAAGGAGACAUAGGCCAAGUUCUGCUCGCCUUGAAAAACAUCAUAGCAACACAAUACGAGAUUCCCUUAAAAGCCUUUGAUGAAGUAGCCCAAACUAUUGGUGUAUCUAGAAGACCAGAGCCAGAAGGAGGCCCUGCCCAGACAUCCCUUACUAAACAAGAAACUCUAUUGGUUCAUAAUAAAGGCAUAUCUGAAAUUCCCCAAAACAAAGAGCUCCAUAUCAAUGUUAUUGAAGAUUCUAUGGAAACCAAUCAAUUUAAGGCCAUAAAAGAAAGAUUAAAAGUUGUGGAAUGUCACGAUGCCUUCGAUGUGGGUGCUUUAGAAAUGUGUUUGUAUAAAUACAACUUGGACAUGGCUCCUAACCGCAUGCAACUACAAAACUUAUCUCAGAAGAACGAAGAAUCCUUCAAAGAAUGUGCACAACGGUGGAGGGAAAUGGCAGCAAGGGUACAUCCACCACUUCUCGAGAAAGAAUUGGAGGACAUGUUCAUGAGUAAUUUACAAGAUCUCUAUUAUGAAAAAAUGGUGGAAAGUGACUUUUCAGGAUUCUCAGAUCUAGUUAUCAUUGGAGAAUGGAUACAAGGGGCGUCAUCAAGUACCUCUUUUAACUAUAAAAAAACCUGUUCCUAG